CCUGUGGCUUGCCAAGUGGCCAGAGCAGUCCUGAGCCUGCUGUCUCCAGGACCAUGGGAACAGGACUUCGAAGCCAGUCCUUGCGAGAGCCCCGACCCUCCUAUGGAAAGCUUCAGGAGCCGUGGGGGAGGCCUCUGGAGGGCCGACUCCGCCGGGCACUGAGCCUCAGACAAGGGCGUGAGAAGUCCAGGUCCCAGGGCCUCGACAGAGGCACAGAAGGGCUGGAUGCCCCUGCUCAGGAGAGGAUUCCUGAGAGCCUUGGGGACAAAGAGCAGCUGAUCCAAGCCCAGCGAGAAGGUAGCCUGCGGUGGCUGAGACAGUACCAACAGCAGGUAAGGAGGAGGUGGAAGAGCUUUGUCGCCAGCAUCCCCAGUGUGACCCUGAGUCGGCUGGCCACUCCAGAGCCCCCACUGGGCACCGCCGGCUAAAGAUGCUGGAAGUGACAGUGGCCCUCCUGC